UCUGCACUAGCCUGAGCUACAUACAGAGAUCCUGUCUCAUAAAACCAAAGGCAGAGCCACAUCAAAACAUCUUGCGCUGUGCCAGAUGUAGGCAUGGUGGUUCUUGCCUGUAGUCCUAGUACUUGGGAUGCUGAGGCAGGAAGAUUGCCAUGCGUUCGAGGUCAGCCUGGACUACAGUAUGAGGCCCUAGGCUAAACAAAACAAAAAUGACACACAGCUCCCUAGGAUCUGAUGUCAAGAGUCUUGAGAUGUUCUCCCAGCAGCUGCUUCCGAUCAAUGUCCUGUGUCCAUCUCCUUUUCUAACUGUGGCAACCCUGGCCUGAGCUGGGGAGCCCCAGGCAGUUCCUUUGCAGGGGGGUCUGGGUAAGGCACUCACUGUGAUAUCCUUGGAUGGGCAAACACCCUGUGUGAACAUAUACUGAAGUGUGAUGUUCCAAACCCUGAACCUUUUCCACUGGCAUCAAAGAACCAGCACAACCAGGUGGCCAGAGGCUGCUGACAGCAGUUAAAGAGAAAGAUGAGACUUCCUGAAUCCGGUGGCAAAUGGGAACAGAAAGCUGAGAAGAAGGGCUGAUAGAGGGAGAGAAGGAUGGAAAAGAAAGUAUCACAUGGGGUGUGUGCCUGCAACCCCAGCGCCCAGCUGUGGCCUCGGAAGGAUCAAGAAUUCAAGGCCAGCCAGCCUCUGGUUCUGGGCUACAUGAGACCCUACCACAAUAGAACGUAGAAAAGAUAGGAUACCUUGUCAAAAGGGGAAGGGCCAACCUAUCUAUCCUGUCACUCCUUUGCUUGGCCUUUGAUUCUCCAUCAUUUAGAGAUGCUCCUGGCUGAGGGCCACACCCCAAACUGCCUAGAGAUCUGCCUUUGUCAUUGGAGUGUGAAACUGGGAAACAGAUCCACUCUGUAGAGGGGCCCAAUUAGCCACCUUUUGCUGUCAGAGCUAGGGAAGGCAGAGGCUCCAGGGUCCCUAGUCCUGGGGAUGUUAGGUUCUGGGUGUGGCUACUGUUUCUUUAAAAGGGGACCACCUCAUGCCCCGGUUUGAAGUUGAAAUACACGCGCUGAUUCUCAGCCACACCUGGCACCCACACACAUAACUCUACCACCUCCACGGGCACACACCCUCUGCAUUCCUCCGUGCCUGACCGUCCCACUAUUACCCCUUCGUUUAGCCUCACUGUUGGCAUUAAAACCUAAAUAUCUUCGCCCCACUGUUCCCCACCCGCUGGCUCUUGUUUGUCUCCCUCUAAUCUAGGGUAGGCACACCAUGGAUGAUCCACCAGCCACUACCUGCCCUUCCUUCUAAUGCUGGGCUUCGACCCCAGCCCAGGCUCCUAGCUGCUUCCCCCAGUAAUCUGAAUCUAUAGGGCAAUACUUGGGGCUUCAGGUCCAGGCAUUGGAUGCCCCAAGGGAGGAAGGAAAAGGUCCUGGCCCCCAGCCCGUAUGUUUGAGACAGUUGCUGUUGCACAGGUCUUUGAGCCUCUCCCCAGGGUUGCUUCAACCGGCUUUUCAGGUACCACUGCGUCCUCUCCCAGCGUGUGACGAUCAGCCCCCCUGCCCUUGCCCAUGGGCUGGGAGGAAAGAGGCCUGGAUUCUGUCAUGAACAUGUGAUCCUGGUUCCAAAAUUUGCAAUCAUCUCCAAAAGACCCCAUGCAGUUUUGGAGACCCAGGUACCCCUUCUCUCCAGCAUCCUGUGAGAUGGGCUCAGGCUUGGACUAUCCCUUUGGUUUCUAACCCAUCCAUCUAUGAAUACUUACUGAGCCCCAGUUAUUGUCCCCCAAGUUGGGAAUGUAGAAGUAUCCAGCACAAAGGGCCUGUUUGCUGGAAGUGUACAAUCUGGCAGGUGAGAGAUUGUUAAAAAACUAAAUCCAAUUUAAGAUUGUGAUAACUACUAUGGAAACAGAAGGAUGAUGUCACCGGGCAUAACAGUCAUACCUGUAAUACCACACUGUGCCUGGGGGUGGUCAGGCAGGCCCUUCUGUGAUGCUGGCCAUUUGAGCCAGGUGUGGAAUGCGUGGAGCCAUUAAGGUGACACUCCAGCUUCCAGGCACAGGCAAAUACGUCAUGCAGUAAUGAGAGGGCUAUGGGAGGAGCUGGGAGAAGGGCCAUGUAACUGGAGCAGAGAGAGGGGGUGGCAGAGAGACCCCCAAGAACAAAAUCGGGUAACUCUCUCAGUUCCUGGUGUUCUCUCCUCCUCCCUGACUGCUUUCCAUGUUUCCAGAAUUAUCCAGCUGGGCAAGCUGUAUGUUUAGGUCUCUAAGGGAGCUGACAGGGUGGUUUGGUGGGUUCCUGAAGGUGGACUCGGGAGCAAGGAGGAUGACUGUUGGGGGAGGAAGGAAAACAGGGUUGAGCAGGGCAGAACCCUAUACUGGGGUGGAGGGCCUGAGCAGGUCAAGGAGUAGAGAUGCUAGCUAGAGUCUUCUCUCUCUAUGACUCACCCUGUUUUCCUCUUCGUCCUUCUCAUUGCUCAACAGCAACUGUCUUUGGGAAACACCUCCCUGACUGGGAACUAAGUCACAGCCUCACAGGGGCAAUUGAGUCAUGAGGGGUGGAGAAGAGGGAGGGAGGCAAAGGAUAAAUAGCGGCCUCACUUCUCCGGCUCCUCUCUGCACCCUCCCCGCCUUUCCAACAACAUGCAUCUCGCCAAUUCGCUUAGGUCCUGCUGCCUCCUACUGCUCCUGGGGGCUCUGCCAACAUGGGCAGCCCACGAUGAUCCCCUUGAGAAGGUUAUAGAAGGGUUCAGCCGAGGGCUGAGCAACGCAGAGAGAGAGGUGGGCAAGGCCCUUGAAGGCAUCAAUAAUGGAAUCACUCAAGCUGGAAGGGAAGUGGAAAAAGUUAUUAAUGGACUUAGCAACAUGGGGAGCCAGGCUGGCAAGGAUUUGGACCGUGGCUUGGACAAGGUAGCCCAUGGCAUCAACAAUGGCGUCGGACACGCAGAAAAGGAAGCAGAGAAGUUAACCCAUGGGGUCAACCACGCCGCUGGACAGGGCGCUCAUCAAGGCGGGCACGCAGGCCAACACGGAGGGGCCGCAACCACUACAUUAGCAUCUGGGGCCUCGGUCAACAAGCCAUUUAUCAACUUCCCAGCUCUGUGGAGGAGUAUCGCCGCCAUCAUGCCCUAAACUGAUGCCCAGGCAACACAGAAUGUUCAUGUUGUCACAUCAGCUGAAAGGGCCUGGAGGAGCUGGGGGUGGGGAAGAGCUUCCUGGGUGUCCUUAGCGGGGGCUGCUUUGAGCUUUGUGAAUAAACACCAACACGCUGUCCUUUCUCA